CGGUCGUCAUGCGCUUCAGCUCUAACGCCAACGUCGGCGCGACGUAUCACGGCUACGGACGUCGUGACGAGAUCGGUGUCAUGAUCGAGAUGACGCCGAGCGAGCCGUCGACGACCUUUCUGGCGCCGCGGGACUCGGAGAGCGACGAUGGUAACGACGACGUGGCCAAGCCGUUUCCGCCAAGCCAACGAGGCUACGAGAACGACCUUGAUACCGGUCGUCCGACGUUUCGUCACACGACGUCGCUCCAACAAGAAGCCGCCAAGGACCUAAAGCUCCGCGAGCUUGAGGCGUUUGCCGCCAAACUCGACGGCUGCAAGGACUAUAUCGCCUUGAUUGCCGGUGCGUUCCGGGGCAAAGUGCGCAACUCGAUGCUGUUUUCGCUGCUGCACAACGACGCGACCGCCGGCAUGGACGAGUGGGACCGUGAUGUGAUCCAAAACGAGAAGAAGAAGCUGUUGCAACACCCCGUGAUGCGCCUCAUCGUAAUCCUCAAGUGGCGGGCGUUUGGUGUUCGCAUGUUUAGCGAGCAGCUCCUCAUGCACUUACUGCUGCUUUUGACGCUCACAGUGUCGCUCACUAUCUCGCUCGGGACUAUCCAAGGGGAUCCAAAAGACGAUCCAGAUGGCGACAAAGAAUUCAAGAAAAUUGCUGGCUCUUGGCUCUGCGGCACCGCGCUUCUGCUCUUGUCGCUGCUCGCGACGCGCUUCUUGACGUGGCAAAACAAACAGGCGUGUGCGUGGGCAACACUCGUGCUUGGCGGCUGUGCGAUCACCGCCAUCUUCCUCAACCUUGACCACCUUGUCGAGCUCUGCUACUCGGACGCGUUUGUCAACCUCAACAACGGACUUGUCAGUCUCUGCGCUGUCUACUUUUGUAUCUUUGAGCUCCGCGAGCUCGCCGCCGACUAUCCCGACUACGCUGUCUUUCUUAGCGGCGACUCGCUCAUGUAUUGGCGCCUCGUCCAUGUCCCAACCCACUUUAUCACGUCAAUCUACAAGCUCGUCUGCACCAAGACGCCGUCGCCGUACCUCGAGUCGUACUGGAACCGGAUCCAGCUCCCGCUCUUUUUGCUUGUCCUUGUCUACGCGCUCUGCGAACUCUGGACGUAUUUCCCGUUCGAGAUGUGCGUCUACCUCGGCAUCCCGAUGCACUUCGUGCUCUGCCUCAUGUGCGUCCAGUAUCUGGAAGCCUUCCGCGAUGUCGGGUACCUCCUCCCGAUGAUGCGGCGCAUGCUCACCGACGUCUUCCGCUACUUGGCCUUUUACCUCCCGAUCCAGUGCGGCUACGCCUGCGCCUACUACCUCCUCUUCAAGAGCCAAGGCGAGAACCUCAAGCCGUACAAGCCGGAUGAGGAUUUUGCAGACAACUUUAACUCUUCGCUGAGCAAGAUCUUCCCGGGCGCCAACACCACAGACGAGACCCUGGUGAUGAACCUCCUCGAGAUCCUCAAGACCAAGGACUCGAACGACAUCUUCCAAGGCUACGAAACCGUGCCCAAGAGCUUCCUCACCACGUACCUCGUCACCUUUGCUCAAAUCAACAUGGAGCCGUUCAACCAGCUCGCGUCGCCAGCCGCCUAUGUACUCGGCUACCUUCUCUUGGUCACGCACGCAACCAUCGUGAUCGUCAUGCUCCUCAACGUCCUUAUCGCGAUGAUGGACAAGACGAUGGGCGCCCACAUGGACGAAGCCAAGCUCGAGGCGUGCGUCACGUUCGCCGAGUGCGUCUUGCGCUUGGAGAAGACGACGACGUCCGCGAUCUCCGACGAGUACUGGGGCAACCUCAACAUGGACAAGGUUGAGAACCUCUACGAAGAGAUUGUGCGCGCCGACGCCAACGAAAAACGAGACGACGACGCGGUGCUGGACGCGCUCGCGUUGCUGGGCGCCAACGUCGACGACCUCGAGAAGCGCGCGUAACUGUACCGUAAUGAAAAAAAAAAGUCUGCGUA